CACGCUGAAGGAAGCUAAGAGUAGGCCUUUGGGCAGCAAGGUUUGUUCCCCCUGUAGUCGCCCCCUUAUCCACAAGUAGGCCCUCUCGUCAGGCUUCUACAUAAGAAGAUAACGAACCAUCCGCAAAUCACUUCUCGUAUUGCAGGGUUUUUGGGUUUUCUGUAGAGCUCGCGGCUUGAAUUGAUUGUUUGCAGUUGUUGAAUUCGAAGCAAUGGCGGCUGCAAGCAUGACCAUGGCCGUGGCUAGCACUCGGUUCGCCGUGACGUCGACCAGCGCCGAGACGAAUUUGAGCCGAAACGGUGCGGCGUUGAGCAGCUUUGCAGUUCCUGUGACACAAUCCUCAAUGAGCUGCACGUUUUCUGAGUCUUUCUCCGUGAAGAGGAGUGGUUUGAACGCCGCCAUUGUUGCAAGGGCUGCUGAGCUUGGAGAGGUUGCCACCGAGGAACAGCAAGGAACGAAGCUGUACGUCGGCAACCUGCCGUGGACAUGCGACAGCGCGCAGCUCGCGGAAAUUUGCGGAGACAUCAGCAGUGUGGAAGCCGUGGAUGUCGUCUACGACCAACAAUCAGGACGCAGCCGAGGGUUUGCAUUCGUGACCAUGUCUACCAACGAGGGCGCUCAGUCCGUUAUCGACCGACUCGACGGGAGCGACUUCGGUGGCAGGCCUUUGAAGGUGAGCUUCCCCCAGCCUCGGGAGAACAGAGACAACAAGCCUCGUUUUGGGAACAACGAGAGGGGUGACAGGCGCUCGGACAGGCCUCCUCGUCAGGGAUCCGACAGAGUACUUGACAAUACCAACAAGAUGUUCAUCGGCAACCUUUCCUGGUCUUGCGAUGCUGAUGCUCUCGUCCAGGUUUUCUCCGAAUACGGCUCCGUUGUAGACGCCAAGGUUGUGUAUGACAGAGAUACGGGCAAGUCCCGAGGGUUUGGUUUCGUCACCAUGUCUGCUGCUUCCGAGGUCAGCAAUGCUGUCCAGAACCUUGACGGCGCAGAAUUCGAAGGCAGGGAAAUGCGAGUGAGUGAAGCCGGAGAGAGGCCUUCACCACCCCGGUACUGAGCACCACAGCAUUUUUGGUUUUGUUCCAUGUCGGCCAUAGCAAUUCGUCACAAUUCUUUCAACUCUCCCCGGAAGAAGAGAAAGACAAGUUCGGUAACUGCGAUGUUUUAGCAGCAGGCUCAUAUUGUUUCUUCUUCUCACACGUUCUCUAGUUGCAGGCUUCCGGGGAUGUGGUCGAAGCUUGCAUUUGUUAGCCAGUUUCGGCCAAUUAGGAUGAGCACAUUUAUGCGAAAUGUACAUCUUUCAAUACAAUUUCCCUCUAGUCUCGAGGGCAUUCACUGCA